AUGCUAACCCCUCACCGGCAAUGUAGUCAUGCGACGUCUACCUACCCAUCGGCCUCGAUCAUUCUAGAACCCAGUGUCGCAGAGGAAAUACACUCGUCACUUCAGUCGCCUGUUUACACCGCCCCUCUCGACCAGCUACGACCGGCAUUGCAUGACAAGGUGGAUCUCACCGUUACUCUCGGGGGAGAUGGUACGAUCCUGCAUGCCUCGUCCUUGUUUGCCACGUGCUACAACGUCCCGCCGGUGCUGUCAUUUAGCAUGGGAACAUUGGGCUUCUUGAGCGAAUGGAAAUUUGCCGAAUACAAGCGCGCAUUUCGCGAGGUAUACAUGUCAGGAGCCGGCGUUGGGGAUCGCGCGACGGUGCUGGGAGACUCCCGGCCAGCCUCAGCCGACGAAGCACUGGAUCUGGAAGCGAAUCCUACUGGAUGGUCCUCGGUACGGGGGAAGUCGAUGGGCUUAACGCGCGGCGCUCGAAUCUUGAUGCGCAACCGACUGAAGGUUGGGCUCUUUACGGCAGACGGCAAGCCAGUCCAACGGGAAUCCACAUCAGCGGCCAUGCCAAACGUCUUGAACAACCAGGGAGUAUAUGUAAUGAAUGAGGUACUCUUGCAUCGAGGCAAAGAGCCACAUUUGGCGGUGCUGGAUGUCUAUGUUGGGGGCCGGUUUUUGACGGAAGCCGUGGCCGACGGCAUCAUUAUCUCGACACCGACGGGUAGCACAGCAUACAGUCUGAGCAGUGGAGGCAGUAUUGUGCAUCCACUCGUGCCCGCGGUUCUACUAACGCCGAUCUGUGCGCGGAGUCUAAGCUUCCGGCCCUUGGUGCUGCCAUCCAGUACUCCGAUUACCCUCCGACUGAGCGAGAAGAACCGGAGUCGCGAGUUGGAGGUCAGCAUUGACGGGGUGAACUUAGGGCAAGGAUUGACCGCGGGAAUGGAGGCACGAGUAUGGGACGAAGAGAUGCGACAUGGCAAGAAUGAAUGGCAAGGUGGUGUGCCAUGUGUCAUGCGAAGAAUCACCGGUGGUGAAGCACACGAUGGAUGGGUUGGAGGCUUGAAUGGGUUGUUGAAAUUCAACCAUCCAUUUGGUGAGGAACGCUGA